AUGCAGAAAUUCGGCUGUCCGGAGCGAUUCACUCAUAUUGUGCGUCAGCUGCACGACGGUAUGAUGGCGCGAGUCACGGACAACGGAGCUGUCUCAGAGGCAUUCGCAGUGACCAAUGGAGUGAAGCAAGGCUGCGGACUGGCGCCUACCCUCUUCAGUCUUAUGUUCUCUGCCAUGCUGAUGGACGCCUACCGCGACGAACGCCCCGGGAUCCGCAUCGCCUACAGGACGGUUGGUCACCUCCUGAAUCAACGGCGGAUGCACUUCAAAUCGCGCGUAUCCACAACCAGCGUGCACGAACUCCUCUUCGCCGACGACUGCGCCCUGAACACCACCUCGGAAGAGGAGAUGCAACGGAGCAUGGACCUGUUCUCCGCCGCCUGCGAGAACUUCGGUCUGGUCAUCAACACACAGAAGACGCUUGUGAUGCACCAACCGCCACCCCACUCGGCCACAGCCCCCAACGCGCCGCCGCAAAUCAGCGUGAAUGGGACCCAACUGCAAGUGGUGGAGAACUUCCCUUACCUGGGUAGUACUCUCUCCCGCAACACCAAGAUCGACGAAGAAGUCGCCAACAGGAUCUCGAAAGCCAGUCAAGCCUUCGGUCGCCUCCAAAACACAGUUUGGAAUCGCCACGGUCUCCAACUGAGCACGAAGCUUAAGAUGUACAAGGCCGUCAUCCUGCCGACGCUACUGUAUGGAGCGGAGACUUGGACGGUGUACGCAAAACAGGCACGUCGUCUGAACCACUUCCACCUCAGUUGUCUUCGUCGCAUCCUGAGGCUGAACUGGCAGGAUCGAAUCCCCGACACUGAUGUGCUGGAACGGACGGGAAUCCUCAGCAUCUACGCCAUACUGAGGCAAAUUCAGCUGCGCUGGAGCGGCCACCUGGUGCGCAUGGACGACGAGCGACUACCCAAACGACUCUUCUACGGAGACGUCGCGACGUGUUCUCGCCGUCAAGGAAGCCAGAUUCGCCGUUACAAGGAUACCCUGAAGUCCUCCCUGAAAUGCCUGCAAAUCAAUCCCACCAACUGGGAGGAGCUCGCACUCGAUCGACCGACCUGGAGGAGGACAGUGAAGACAGGCGUUGCGAUCUACGACGCCAACCGCAUCGCUGCCGCCAAAGCGAAAUGUGAAGCCCGCAAAUCGCAACUUCGCCCAUCAAAGCAACGCCGCCGCACAACCGCUUCCAACGUGUCCUCGAUGUCAACGGACAUUCCGGGCUCGAAUCGGACUUGUUGGACAUCUUCGGAUUAACUGCGCCUCUCGAACGGCACCAACCAUCGUCCCCCCGCCUGCCUCUUCCUCCUCCUCCUCCUCCUCCUCUCCGCCGCCAACUAACCCUGACAAUUCUUCUGACCCACCACUUCCAUCAUCCUCUUCCUUCUCAUCAUCCUCCUCCUCCUCCUCCUACUCCUCCUCUUCGCCCACUGCUCCAACGGCGGCCGCUCAGACGACUGUCCCACGCGCAGUAAUCGACAUUACCACCACCUCUCCCGACUCCAGGGAUGAGGAUCAGGACUACACCUGCCCUCACUGCGACCGUACCUUCACCUCACACAUCGGCCUGGUCGGUCACUUGCGAAUCCAUCGCACAGAGCCUGACGAACCAGUGCGUGAAGCACCAACCUACACCCACCGCACUCGCCUCCACUGCCCACACUGCCCUCGCACCUUCAGGCAUCGCAUGGGCCUUUUCGGCCACAUGCGCAUCCACAAGAGCGGCAUUGACCGCACUCCCGACACACCCACUACAUCCAACACAUCCACCGUGCACACCCCCACUCUCGUUCCAUCCGUCCGCGACACCACCACCACCGCCUCCUCUGUAGCUGACACUGACACCUCCGACUUCUCAUGCCCACACUGUCCACGCACAUUCACCUCACGCAUCGGCCUGGUCGGUCACUUGCGAAUCCAUCGCACAGAGACUGGCGAACCAGUGCCUGGAGCCCACCUAUACCCACCAAGCUCAUCUCAACUGCCCACACUGUCCUCGCACUUUCAGGCAUCGCAUGAGCCUAUUCGGCCACAUGCGCAUCCACGACGACCUGCGGUAGACAACCGCAGGCCGCACCACACAUUCACUCACUCCCUACCUUCUCCACCACCACCAUCACCCCACCAGAAAUCAACACUCACACACCUCAUGCACCCAACUGCCACCUCCCACGCAAGUGGAAGUCCGCAUCUCGACUCGGUCCCCAUGCGGCUUCGGCUGCACGGGUGA